AUGACGGUCCUCCUCGAAUUCCCAGCAAAAUGGGUCACCCAUGCCCAUACUUUCACAGCCGCCUUGGCGUUCGCGACCGCCCUCUUCCUUGGCUGGGCCGCUGGGCUCUGGAAGAAACUUUGUGCCAACUCGGUUGCUCGCUGGCCUGUGGAAUGGUUCCCCUCGGUAUCUGCAACGAUUGGCGACCACGUCCCAACACGCGCCCCCUUCCAGAUUCUCAUCGCCCUAUGUGCGACUCCUCGCUUCCUGCUUUUGAUUGUGCAAUGGCUUGUCCACCGCAACCCCUCCCUCAAAUCUCGGCCUUCCGGCGCCCGCCGGCCAAACACGGCGCUGGCAGAUGUAGAAUUCAUUGUGGGCAUCGUGCGCACCAUUUGCUGUGGGGGCUGGGUCUAUGUCACAUCCAGAGAUCAACCUGAUGUUCACGACUUUUUCAUGAUUCUCUAUCUACUUCUUACAGUACCUUGGAUGUACCUCUCCGCCAGUAACUGCUCCAGUGCUGCAACAGCCUCCCGGAGACGUUUACCCAUGUACGGCUACCUCUGCACCAUUCCUCCACUUAUGUGGAUGUACUAUCGACACUCUUCCCUCAAAAUCAAAGGAGCCUACACCUAUUAUUCUAUCUUGGAGUGGACGCUGGUCUUCUGGGAUCUCGCAUUUGACUCUUUAUCGACCCUGGAGCUUGGCCACCUCCAGAUCGCGUUUGUGGAUAGCUCAUCUCCUUCCACCGACAAUUUGAGCUCCUGUCAAAGGACAACCACCUUUACUUUCGCAAAGCAACCCUCGGAACUAAAGCCUUCCGCCGAUGAGCCCUUGGUGGACUGGACAAAUCACGGAAACGGUCGACCUUCUUCCAGCUUGAGACUGGGUCUGGCUUGGAUAAGUGAUGUUUAUUUUGGUAUCUGUUUCUGGACUGUAUUCACAGGGUUGAGUUUUCAGUUGUUCUACUGGUCCGUGUGGAAGCUGGCUCUGGCAGGCUCCGAACUAGCUCUCAUGGGUAAUCUUGCCGGAUACCUGUUCCACUCCAAAUCAGCGUUCAGAUACCUCGUCUCCCGCGACGCCCAAAUCACCCAUCGUUCUAUAACAAUAUUUUUCGGAAUGGGAUGCUAUUUCCUUCCCUGGCCUUUCGCGAGACUAGUGUGCUUGGUGGUUGGGACCUGGGCUGGAUGGUCGGCGUUAUUAGGGACGUGGGUGAGGGUCCAGGGCUCGGAGGAGAUUCUUGCUGAAGGACAAACUCUAGGAUUGGGGAUAGCUAUCACCAUGCUUCUCAAGUACGUCAACUACUCCAAUAACCCCUUUUGGAGUCUCUUGAAUGGCAGUUCUGGGGGCUGGAACAAGACAGGGCUGGUGCUCGGGGCUAUCUCUCUUGCAGAGUACAUUUACCGCCCUCUCGAUUUACAUCCGGCACCUCCUCUUCCUGAAGCGCCGGGGAAAGACAAGGGACAAGCCAGAAGCGCACCUCCCACAGCGCUCCAGACCAGGUUCAUGUCGCUCGGCCUGGGGACGGCCAUUCAUCUCAUACAGACGUUCCUCAUGGAUGCCGGCACGGUAAUCUCCUGGACAUGGACCGGCUAUCCUAUCAAAGGACCUACCCUACAUCCGCAAGCCGGAUUCAUCAUCGCCGCCACUGCUCUAGGCCUGGCGAGCAUCCCGAACGCCCUGCAUCCAGCUUGGUCAACUAUUGGCUGCCUGGGUGCCUUGGCGCUCUAUGCCUUCCCCGACUGGACUGGUUUCUACGGUGGUGUGGUCCUCACCUACUACCUUUCUAGUAUCCUGCCGCCCUACGUCCGCGCGGCUUCCGCUUGCAGCCCGGCUACAACCUUUGGCAACGCUCUACUUGCAUACAUUGUCUUUGAUGUCGUCUCUGUCGUUACGGCUGCCUAUGCUUUCGUCCCUAUGGGUUGGCUUCUACGAGAGAGGACAGAUGUUGUAUUGGGGGCGUGUAUGCUGUCAACGGCUGCCGGGGCGUGGGCGGGGUAUUCUCUCGACUUGCCUUCUGGCUCCUCUCUUCCUCGUCGUACCCAUCGGCGAACCAAAGCCGUACAACGCUUCACGCUCAUUUCCGCUGGUCUCUUCUCCCUCUUGAGCAUCCUCUACAGCUUCUCUCGGAUUCCAGUUCAGGCACCUGCACCGUACUAUCCCGAACAUCGGAUAUUCUCUGCCGGUAUCUGGACGGUACAUUUCGGGGUGGACAAGGAUGGGAGAGAUAGUCAAAGACGAAUGCGGGAUCUGGUGCAAGGAAUGGAGGUGGAUGUUUUGGGACUGUUGGAAACGGACUUACAUCGUUUCGUCUACGGCAACCGAGACUUGACUAGAGUGAUGGCUGAAGAGCUGGGCUACUACGUCGAUCUCGGACCGGGCCCCAACAAACACACCUGGGGCGCUGUUCUUCUGUCCAAAUUCCCCAUCCUCAACUCCACACAUCACCUCCUCCCUUCCCCAGACGGCGAGCUUGCCCCUGCCAUAUAUGCCACGUUGGACAUUCACGGUGAACAUGUCAAUGUGAUGGUGUCCCAUAACGGGCAAGAGGAGGAUCUUAGAGAUAGGACGCUGCAGACCACAGAACUGGCACGGCUUUUGCGGGAAACGGCAGACAAGCCGACAGUAUUUAUUGGAUAUCUGGUGACGAGAACAGGCGACAGGAGACCGUGGCCUUAUCAAAUCCUCAUGGAAGACGGAAGGAUGUGGGAUAUAGAAAUAGACGAUCGUUGGAGAUGGUGUGAAUACAUGGCGUUCAGAAACAUGUGGAGAGUGGCAUAUGCGAGGGUGCAUGAAAGCGAUAUCUCAGAUACUGAACUUCAAGUCGGGAAAUUCAUGCUAGGAAAGCCUGGCCAGAAGGUCAUAUAUGAAGAUAACCAGCAACUCUACUGGCAUGUAGGUGAAGGUGAUAUACCUGAACCGUGGCGCCUGCCUAGUCAGUUCCGAGGAAAUGGUGUCAGAGGUCAUCGAUACGUCGUCUGGGACGGUCCCCUCUACUAUCUCCCUCCAAAGCAUAGCGAGCUCAGGGGCUAUGGGUGGGACUGGUCGACAGCACUGGAUAAGACGGCUACAAUCGAGAGAAUUGGAGGGGUCAUCAUCGACCCUUGA